GUUUCCACGUAUGCCUUGGUUCGGCUGAUCGUGGACAGCCUGGAUCUGCAGCCACAAGUGAAUGCUACUCUGCGCACCUGGAUGGCGGUGAAGGAGGCCACGAGGGCCAACUUCCCCAAACUGCGCUGGAUGGAUCAGUCGACAGCCGCUGGCGCCAUCCAUCACGUCGACAGUCUGAUCACCGUACUAACCAUGCCGGAACACCUGAAGAGUGACGAGGCACUCGAGAAAUUCUACGUCUUUUUGGACCAGAACGUGACGCAGCCGUUCGUAGUGUGGCUAUACAACACGUACCAACGGCGCCUUCAGGAGCAGAAGCGUCUUAUGAAAGAAGACCCGGCAGUUCCCGUUGAUCGCGAGGACAUUGUGUUCAGUCCUUCCGAUGUGAAUGCGUUUUACGCGCCCCUGUUCCACCUAAUGGUCAUCUUGCCGGGUAUCAUGAACGCACCGUUCGUCCCGAGCACCGAGCCACCGGCGGUCGUAACAGGCGGCGUCGGAAAACUCUUGGGACACGAACUGUCGCACGCCUUCGACCCGCGGUUCAGCACCCUGACUAGGACCGGGGACAAGAUAACGUGGUGGUCCAAGGACUCCUUCGCCAAGUUCCUCGGCCGGCUUGACUGCGUCACGAGCCUGCUCACGAAUUACACGUCGGACGCUGUGUUCGCAAAGAACGUGCUCACCGAAACGUUCGCCGACACGGCCGGGACGGAGAAGGCUCGGCUGGCGUUCGGUUCGAUGGAACUGACCGACGGAAUCCUUGGUUACACGCCGGAGCAGUCGUUCUACGUGGCCAGCUGCUUCCUCUUCUGCUCAGAGGGCGCGUACACUUGGAAAAAGACUGGGUUAUACCCGCCUAUGAUGCUGCGCUGUAACCUGCCUGUGCAUAACCAGGAGAGGUUUGCGGAGGCGUUCAGCUGUCCUGUGGGUGCGGCGCUGAAUCCACAAGACCGGUGCACGUUCCAUGUGGCGAACGAGAAAUAAUGAUGAAUGUAGUGGC